AUGGUCAACAAGUCUUCAGCUGCACCUCAAGCACGUGCUAGUCGCAGUGCCAAGAGCAACGAGAUCGACGAUAUCUUUGGUGCAUCUUCAACCAGUGACAAGCGCACUGAACGCGGUACGGCGAAUCCAGCGGAUAGCGCUAGGAAAAAGCGCAAGUGCUCGCCUACCACCACAUCCACCACUCAUACCAACAAGAACAAACCGCAGCCUCGCAAGCACAUCGAGCUGGUCACCGAUCAAUCCACGUCCACGCCGUCAACCCGAUCCAAGAAGCUAAAGACCACAAGUGAGCUCUCGCAAUUCACCGACAGCCGUGGCUCAUCGUCGACGCGCAAACGCACCGAAGAAGGCUACAAGAUCUACACUGCCCAAGAACUCGGCCUGAGCAACAACGGCGGUGAUACCAUCCACUGCCCCUUCGAUUGCCAGUGCUGUACGCUUCUGAUCUACCAUCCGCACUUGCUCUCCGCACGCCUUCGAGCACAACGUCCCCCGCACUUACCAAUCGCCAGUCUCACAUCCCGCACUACCCCGCACCGUGCCACGCUCGCCUCGGCACAGCCACGUUCGAUCUAG